AUGUUUAUAUUUCGUUAUUCUACAGCGCUGAUAAAAACGUUACAUCGUUCUUUUAAUUCUACUGCGAAAGAAGUUUUUAGUGUACUGAGUGGUUCAUGUUGUGUUGAUUCAGGAGCAAAACAGAGUCAUGAUGCAAAAGGACAUGAAGAGACAUUAGCUGGAAUAGCAACAUACAAAACGGGCCGAGGCCAAUCAACAAUCAUCAUUUUCACUGACAUUUUUGGUUUUUCUUUUAUCAACAUACGUAAAAUAGCCGAUACUUAUGCACAAGGUUUACAAACAACUGUCAUUGUACCUGACAUGUUCAAUGGCGAUUCAAUGAAUCCGAAAGAGCCGAACUUAUUCGACAAAUUACCAGCAUGGCUCAAUAAACAUCCUUCAACAGAUGCUUGUAGUGUAGCUGAUAAAAUUAUUUCAACAAUCAAAGGACACUAUGAUUCUAUUCAAGUUGUUGGUUUCUGUUACGGUGGUAAAAUAGUGAUUCAUUUGAUUACACAUCCGGAAUUAUCGUCGUCCGUAAAAGCAGCUGUUGUAGCUCAUCCAUCGUUUCUAGUCAAAGAAGAAGCAAAACAAAUCAAACGACCGAUCCUAUUUCAAUGUGCUGAAAUCGAUGAAAGAUUUACACCCGAUAUACGUGAACAUUUUCAAAAAGAACUGACUCAAAGUGGUCUUGGAAAAUUUAUCGAUUAUCCUGGUACUUCUCAUGGAUUUGUUGUUCGACCUGAUGGCAGUCAACAAGUCGAAAAACAAAAAAACAAAGCUAUUGCAGAUGCCAUCGAAUAUCUGAAAAAGAAUUUCUAG